UUGACUGGUAUUAAUCUGAAACCUGGUCCCCAACAGGUAAAUGAAACUAUUCAAAGCACCAAACCAAGUACCGACAAUCACACACUUAAUGGAGACAAGUUAAAGGUGAUAUAAGCGAACCAAUAAAAGGCCAAAAGGAAUUAAGCGCGAAACAAACAAGGUUCGCCAUGAGAAAGCAGAAAAGGGCAAAGCGACACCGGUCGGAUGGCUUCAUGCUUGCGCUAGAAAUGGGGGCGAACUCAUCCGAUGACGACGCGGGUAAUGACGCAAACGGGUUAGGGGAUGCUGUCAACUUUCUAUACUGGAUCCGGAACCCGAAUCUUCAAAACUUGGCAAAACUCCGCAGGGCCGUGAAACUGAAUGACAAGGACUGGAUGAGAGAGUUUCUGGAAUUUGACGGUCUGGGUCUGUUACUUCAAUGCCUCAAAGAUCUCAGCGUUAUGCAAGGCUUUCAUUUAUCCGACAUGGUGCUCAAGAUGGAGUGCAUAAUGUGUAUACGCGAGGUGGUGAACUCGCAGACCGGCAUCGACUGUUUGCUCAAAUUGAAGGGAAAGACUGACAAUAUAUUUGGUCGCAGGUUUGCCGCAGCCCUCGAGACCAAGAACAUUAUGGUGAAGAUGCAGAUUUUCGAGCUGCUCUCCGCUCUCUGCGUUUACUCCAAGGACGGGUAUUAUCUCACACUGGACGCGCUGGAGAGGUACCGGAGUUGGCAGAAGCUCCAGUACCGGAUGUCGCUGCUCGUGCACGAGUUGCGGACGUCAGAGCUGACGACCUACCGCACCACCAUCAUGGCGCUGAUCAAUUCAAUCAUUUUCGCCAACGAGAACAUCCGAGACCGUCUGCGAAUCCGGAACGAGUUUCUUGCGCUGAAUCUGCUCGACACGAUUACCUCCCUUCGCUGCGAAGAUGAUAUUGAGUUGCACGUGCAGUGUGAAGUGUUCGAGGACGAGUUUCAUGCGGACGAGGAGGCGGUCGAGGAUAUGACGUCAUCCAGCGUCAACAUCAAUGACCCAGAGUCCGUAUUUACCGCGAUUUAUAAGAAGGUACAGGGUUCGCCACUGAACGCAACGUUUCUGGGCAUUUUGCACACCCUACUUCAGAUAGAACCGCACAACACACAGAGUGAGACGACUUGGACGUUAAUUGAGCGCCUUGCACAGGAAGCAUUGACGGCUAAGGACGGCGAUAAGUUACUCGCGCAGUGCAGUGAAGACAAGAAACAAACAAAGAACCAAGAAAUCCAGACUGUUGAAACUGAUGACAAUGCCAAGCUAUCAGACGCACUUACAACACAUCAGGCGCCACCGUUGCCGCCGCCCCUUCCAGCGGGCCCGCCGGCUCCACCCCCGUUUCCAAUACCACAUUGCCCUCCACCGCCAAAACCGCCAGGGAUGGUCCCUCCCGCACCCCCAGGGAUUGGCCCUCCCCCACCUCCAGGGAUGGGCCCUCCCCCACCGCCAGGGAUGGGACCACCCCCACCUCCGGGCAUGGGACCUCCUCCACCCCCAGGAAUGGGACCUCCGCCACCUCCAGGCAUGCCCCGAGGGGCGGGCCUACCUAUGCAAGCAGUCGAAUCAGCGUUCAAACCUUUAAGUACUCCAAGACCGUCUAAGAAGGUUAAGACUUUGCCUUGGAAUAAGAUACCACUAUUUUCCUUGAAAAAGGAAUGUCUCUGGGGUCAAGUGAACGAAAUGGGCGACUCCAUUGAUGUUGAGUACGGCCGUUUGGAGGAACUCUUCUCCCAGAAGGAGGUCGCCCACGUGGCAAAACCUACUUCCGGUCAAACAGACGACAACACCACCGGAAACAGACGCGCUUCUCAAAAUGCAGAGAUUACACUUCUAGAUCCUAAGAAAAGCAUGAACAUAAACAUCUUCAUGAAGCAGUUCCGGAAACCAAGUGACGUCAUCAUCGAUCUCAUCAAGUCCGGGGAGGCGCGGACACUCGGCGUAGAGAAGUUAAAGGGACUGCACAAGUUACUUCCAAGCCAAGAUGAGGCCGACCAACUUCUGGGUUUCGAGGGGGAUGUUGAGCGCCUGGGAGACGCAGAGAAGUUCUUUCACGGGCUCAUUAAACUUCCGGACUUUAAACUGAGGAUCGAGCUUAUGAUCCUGAAAGGCGAUUUCAACUCUCAGAUCGGGUCCGUCCGCCCGAACAUCCAGAUGCUGACCUCGCUUUGCCGGAAACUCAUGGAUACGGAAUCUCUGAAAGUAUUUUUGGGUCUGGUGUUGCACGCCGGGAAUUUCUUAAAUACGGGCAGUAGCGCAGGGGGCGCGCUCGGUUUCCGUAUCAGCUCUCUCAACAAGGUACUCAUGACGAAAUCGAACGCACCAAAGAUGACUCUUUUGCACGUGCUUGUGGAGGAGGCGCAAAGGAAGAACAAGGACGCGCUCGAGUUCGUCAAUGAUCUACUCGACCCGCUGCAGAAAGCAUCCAGGUUUACGUUGGAGGGCAUGAUGGGCGAGUUCGCUACGCUGAAAGCCAAUGUACACCGCCUGCAGGGGGCGCUUGAACAUGCCGACGACGACGUGAAAACGCAGUCCUCAGAUUUCAUCAAGCAAGCGUCCAGUGAUAUAGACGACGUCGAUGAAGCGAUCGAGCGCGUGAAGACGCUGUCUACGAAACUGGCUGAGCACUAUUGUGAAAACGAGAAAUCCUUUAAACUCGACGAAUUUCUAGAUUCGUUUAGAGAGUUCUGUGAGAAGAUCAAGAACUGCCAGCAAGAGAUGGUGACAUGGAAACAGAACGAGGAGAAGGCGGAUCUGAGGAGACGAGCUACGGCCCAGAAAGAUAAAGAUGGUGACCAUAGCAAUCGGUCCGGGAUCGUUGGGGACCGGAAGAUCGUCGACAACAUCGUGAAUGAGAUCCGUAAGGGCAAGGUACUGCGGCGAGCCUCUACGCGCAAGGGGAACUCAACCGCCGACCCCGUAUCAGUAGGAGCGAAGUGAGCUUCCUUACGGAUUCCUGCUCUGUGAGGGACAUGACGUGUAUCCGCUCAGACGCGCCCGGUUUAAAGACGUGCAUACGAAAGCUGAGCAUAUUUAAAUGCGCUGAAAUUUGUGUUCACUUUUAACUGCUUCUAGUCUAGACGUUUAUGCAAACGAAUAUAUAUUUUAAUUUCGCUCUGUGUAAAAGAGGUUUAAUGCAUAUGCGCAAAGUGUCGUCUCAGAUUAGCCUGUUCAGUCCGCACAGGCUUUAAAAUAAGACACAUUCAACUUUUUCUUUAGUUUUCGUUUAAAGGAAGUCUAAUCGAAGCGAAUAUCCGAUUAAAGCGAAGCGCGUCGUCUCUGAUAGGCCUGUGCGGACUACACAGGCUAAUCGUGAAAGACACUUUACGCACACGCGCUUAACCCAAUUUUAUCAGAGCGAGGCUCAUUUUAUGAGUGUCGUGUACCUUCACGUCGCUCAGUUGUGUACUUAUUUAAAUAAAAACAGUUCAAUUUAAUGCUCGUGUUUUAUUAUUGCUGUCAGCAGAUUUAACGACAUGCUCAUUGUUGAUACUUAAGAAUGUUAAAUUAUAAGUGCAGACUACAUAAGUUUCGUGUUAAUGUAAGAUAAAUCUUGUUCAUAUUAAUCAUUGACACUAGUUUUUUAUUUAUAAAAUCCCUUCUCAAUAAGCUUAUUGUCGCAUCAUUCUUUCCACAUGGAUAUCAUGUCACAAUACGAUUAACAAUACAAAAAUACUGUUAUACAUCUAUUGUAAAUUUCAGAGUAAAGGAAAGCAAUAGGUAAAGCAAUUGAAUAUUGUUUCCUUAUUGCUGUCAUAUAAUCUAAGUACAGUCUGAAUACACACUUAUCAAAUUACUUAACUCAAACGGAAAGUUUUUGGUCGCAUGUUUCAAAACUGUAAUUGUAUCAUUUUUUUCUAUCCAUUUUGAAUCCCAUUAUAAUUAAACAUAUUCGUGUUUUGAAUAUUAUAAAGGACAUACCUGCAGAAAUGUUGCACAGGCUUGCUCUGAAAGCAAUCUCUAGUAAGACAAUCUCUUCGAAUAAUUAUAUAUGAUUGUAAUAAAUAAAAUAUGACUUUUAUUUCUUGUUAAAACAUGCUAAAAAUGUAAUAAUCUUACGUCCAUUUUAAUAGCUAUUGUUCCUUAGAAGAUUUUUGAGUAUUUGUCAAGAUCUGUCUUUUAUUAAAACACACUAAAUCACAACACUAACUAUUGCAUAUAUAUUUGUUUUGAUGCACACGAUACCUUAUUCAUUAGUCAAACAAUAUUAUAACUGUGUUUUAAACUUUUGAGGAAUGGUCAUGUCAUACCUCGUAGUUUUUUAAUUCUUUUAUUUUAAUGUUUUUUAACAUUAUGAUACGAAAUACCGUUCUUAUGUUUUAAUUCGAGUUGUUACGCGACUUCGUAAUUUAGUAACGUCGAGAUGUAUCAUCCUUUGAUGAAGCUAUUUUGUUUUCCUCACCAGUGUUUCUCUUAUAUAAGUCGUUUGGUAAAAGUGAUUCUAAAGAAACUAACGACAAGAAAAAACGGCUACAACACACAAAGGUAUUCCACUAUUUUUUUUAUCGUUAUCGAAGUUAAGCGCAAUCAAAAUAUACGUCAUGUAUGUAAAGACAAAAAGAUUCCAUCCAUAUGGAAUCUUUUUUUCUUUUCAUAUAGAAUCUUGUUUUAUAUUAAGGGCAUUUCGUUUGCAUGCGACAUGCUCCUUACUAAAUAGUUGAUGCGAUUGGUGCCAAAAUGUGCAAAUAUUGUGUAGUGUUUAUAGCUAUAUAUUUUUCAUAUGCUCUUUUGUGUUAUGUGUGAUGCUUAUUUUAUACUUGAUUAAUAUUUGCAUUUCCUACGUAAUAUAAAAUUAUUUGAGAUGAAAUGUAAAUAUAUUAGUUCAUCAUAUUAUAUAAUAACAUUAUUCAUAUGUGUUCGUUUAUUGUUAUUUAUUGCUUGGAUAUUAAUAAAAAUGU